CACUGCCGAUCCAGCCAUGAAGAGGUGUGUAGUGUUAAUUUUCGGCUUAGCUUCCCUCCAGAUGUGCCUGGGGCUGGAGGCCCUGGAUUGUCUGGUAGUCGGAAAACCAGGCUGCAUUGAAGGUCAUCUGAACCAAGCUUUGACGAGGGCGCAAUCCUUGCCGACGCUUAGGAUAACACGACACUUAUCAAUUAUCUCCUCAUCGAGGGAAGUCGACGAAGUCAGCGGAGAAUCGACCACACUUGAGAAACUCGAGAGGUACAUUUACGGUCAUUCCCUUAAACUGGAACUUCCAGAAGAGUUGGUCAGUGGUGCAAGAGGCUUAGUCGGUGAUGACUUCCUCGCCGAUUUGCCAAAAACCAUCGUACUACCCCUUGCUGAACAGGAUUCGAACGAGGGCCGUGGCUUUGUUAAGAAAGUUGUUCUUCCAUUCCUACUUGGUUUGAAGUUCAAGGCGACCGCCGUCAUCCCCCUCGCAAUGGCUUUGAUCGCCCUAAAGACCUGGAAGGCGCUCACCCUGGGUCUACUCUCCCUGGUCCUCACGGCUGCUAUGAUCAUUUUCCGUCUCACCAGACCCAAGACGGUCAACUACGAAGUCUACUACCCGCAUCAUCAUCACCACGUCGACGAACACUAUCACGCAAGAGCCCACGACCUAGCUUACAGGGCGCACGCUUGAAUUUCCUAAAUGUUGAAAAGGCAAACGACUAUUUAUUUGUAAAUAUGCGUAAAUAAAUAUAUUUAUUAUUUUCUA